UCGGAAUUAUAUCUGUUUCCGUUUCGAAAUCGUAAUCAAUUGAAUUUACCUUUUUUCUUUCCAUGCAUUCCAAUGGUCAUUUCAAUUGCUUCAAGUCAUCUGGUCACUUUCUCAAGAUGAUGAUGAGGAUGAGGAUGAGGAUGAUAACAAAUAUAACAGAAAAAGAUAAAGUGACAAUGAAUAUAUAAAAAUAAUCGAGUGAGAAUCAACUAGGAAUCAUCAUGAUCAUCAGACAUCAUUGUUCAAUGUUCAAUGAGUACCAAUGAAUAAUAUCAAGGGAAUUCUGAUUUUGACCUUAAUUGUUGUUUUACUAAAUCAUGAGAACGCUUCUUAAUCAAGUCGAAACUUUUUAAUUUGUUGUUCCUGAGAAAAUUCAAUUUUAAAUAUUGACUCAUAAUCAAAGGAAAACAAAACAAAUUAGUAAAUUGUGUUAAUCAACUUUGAAAUUUUCCUGCGGUUCUUGGAGGAAUAUUAACUUUUACACUCUACUAAUUGGAUUCCAAGUUAUUCCAGAGAAGAUUAUCUGAUUAGUAUUGUUUCAUUUGAUUUUAUUUGAUUAAUUGUUCGAUUACAAUCUAAUCAUGAGUAAUUUAAUCAAAUCCGAUGAGAUUAAUCAUAAAUCAUUGGCUAAUUUAGCUCCGUUUGUUUCAUCGUUACCCGCUUUCUCAUUUCUACUAAAUUCAAAUGGUUCCUCAUCUUUGGCAACAGCAACAAAUCAAAGUGAUUGUAACAAUUUAAUUGUUAACAGUUCUUCGUCGACAAUUAAUCUAUUUCCAUCAUCUUCACCAUCGACAACCACAAACGGUAUCAAUCAAUUGGGAGGAACCUUUUCAAAUGGGAAACCUUUACCUUUCCAUAUACGAUUACGAAUAUUGGAAUUAGCGGUUUGUGGUUAUCGACCUUGCGAUAUAUCCCGACAAUUACUGGUCUCCCAUGGAUGUGUGUCCAAGAUACUGGCCAAAUUUGCUGAAACGGGGUCAAUUAUGCCUGGAGCAAUAGGUGGAAGUAAACCUCGUGUGUCCACUCCAUUGGUCAAGAGGAAGAUUAAGGAAUAUAAGGAAUCCAAUAGUUCAUUGUUUGCAUGGGAAAUUAGGGAUAAAUUGUUGGAGGAAAAAAUUUGCUCCAAAGAAUCGUUACCAAGCAUCUCAUCAAUUAAUCGGAUUCUCCGUCAAUCUUAUGGUAAACAUAAACCGAGUAAAGUUAAUUGUGAUCCAAUUGUCCGGUCGCUUUCCUCAUGCACUGGACAAUCAACUCCUAGAAAUCUUCAUAGUCUUAAUCAUCAACAUCAUCGUGUCUCAAUUUAUCAAUCUCAUUCCUCUUCUAAUCAACUUAAUCCUCAAGUUUCACCGAAAAUUGAUCCGAUUAAUUGUUCAAAAUUAAACUCAUCUUCACCUUCAUUUUUAAUUAGAGAUAUUUUGGGUUCAAUUAAAUAAAUUGUUUUCUUCAAUAA